GUCUUUGGGAUGCUUAUCUUUCCUUACACACUCCUGCUUUUCUAUCAACUAAAUACACAGGCGGAAAACACUAUUUGCCGAACAAUGGGAGACACUAUGUAUCCAUUGCUUUCCAAGGAUGGAGAAAUAGUUAUUGGAGCUCUUUUUGUAAUCCACACUGAAGUAUCAUUGCCAUUAUUUGGGUUUACACAAAAACCCCAGCUACUGUCAUGCUCCAGUGUGAAUAUAAAAGAUUUUCGGCUAGCUCAAACCAUGAUCUUUGCCAUUGAAGAGAUUAACAAAAAUAAAAGUUUGCUCCCAAAUGUUUCUGUUGGCUAUCGAAUUUAUGAUACCUGUGGUUCAAGACUGUUUUCAAUGAGUGCUACUAUGGCAUUGAUGAAUGGUCCAGAGUUUGCAACAGGAGACAGAUGCAGUGGACAGUCUCUUAUACAUGCUAUCAUAGGAGAAACAGAGUCUUCUAACACAGUGAUUCUGUCCAGAACUACAGGACCUUUUAAAAUUCCAGUGAUAAGUCCCACAGCCACAUGUGAGUGUCUGAGUAACAGGAAAGAUUAUCCGUCUUUCUUCAGGACUAUUGCUAGUGAUUACCACCAGAGUAAAGCAAUUGCAAACAUAGUCAAAUACUUUGGCUGGUCUUGGGUGGGAGCUGUGAACAGUGACAAUGACUAUGGAAACUAUGGAAUGGCCAUAUUUCUAAAAACAGCCCAAGAAGAGGGGAUUUGUGUGGAGUACUCUGUGAAAUUCCUGAGAACAGAGCCUGAAAAAAUCAGAAACGUGGUAGACAUGAUACAACAAGGGACCUCUAAAGUAAUUGUUGCAUUUCUUACUGGAUUUGAGAUGAAAAGUCUACUUGAGCAGCUAACUAUUCAGAACAUUACAGGCCUCCAAAUGAUAGGUGUGGAGGCAUGGAUAACUGCAAAAAGUUUGAUGACUCCAAACAGUUUUCAUGUGCUGGGAGGGUCACUGGGGUUUGCAGUGAAAAAAAUCCAAAUUGAAGGGUUUGCAGAGUAUGCUAGGAAAGCAUUCUGGGACACAGCUUUUCCAUGCUCUUUUAAUGCUGAAAUAAAUUGCAGUCGAUAUCAGGAUCUAUUUGUGGUGAAAAAGUACAACGAAGAUGUGCUCGAACAAAGAUUUCUAAGCUAUGUCUACAAAGCAGUGUAUGCAGUGGCUCAUUCACUACACAGUCUACUCAAGUGCAAAGAACAAGAAGGUUGUGAAAAAGGCCUGACAAUACAACCACAGCAGGUGGUUGAGGCUCUGAAAAAGGUUAAUUUCACUGUAAAGACAGGAGACCAUGUGUGGUUUGAUAGCACUGGUGGCGCAAUAGCCCAGUAUGAAAUUGUGAACUGGCAGCAGGAAACAGAUGGAUCACUCCAGUUCAAAUCAGUGGGAUACUAUGAUGCCUCUCUACCUCCUGACCAGCGCUUUGUGAUUAACACUAAAAACAUAAUCUGGGCCAGAGAAAAACUGGAGAAGCCAAGGUCUGUGUGCAGUGAGAGCUGUUCUCCAGGCACUAGGAAGGCUGCACAGAAAGGAAGACCUGUCUGCUGCUAUGACUGUAUUUCAUGUGCAGAAGGAGAAAUCAGUAAUGAGACAGAUUCAAAUAACUGCCAGCAGUGUCCAGGGGAAUACUGGUCUAAUGCUGAGAAAAAUAAAUGUGUGUUAAAGCCUGUUGAGUUUCUGUCAUUCACAGAAGUUAUGGGUAUAGUGCUAUUUUUUUUCUCACUGUUUGGAGUUGGAUUGACUGCACUGGUGGCCAUCCUGUUUUACAGCAAGAAGGACACCCCCAUAGUAAAAGCCAACAACUCAGAGCUGAGCUUCAUGCUGCUCUUCUCAUUGACUUUGUGUUUUCUCUGUUCACUUACUUUCAUUGGUCGGCCCACUGAGUGGUCUUGUAUGUUGCGUCACACAGCGUUUGGGAUCACCUUUGUCCUCUGUAUCUCCUGUGUUCUGGGGAAAACAAUAGUGGUGUUAAUGGCCUUCAAGGCUACACUUCCAGGAAGUAAUGUCAUGAAAUGGUUUGGGCCUUCACAACAGCGACUCAGUGUUCUUGCCUUUACAUUUAUACAGGUUCUUAUCUGUGUGCUUUGGCUAUCAAUUUCUCCUCCAUUUCCCAACAAAAAUAUGAAAUAUUAUAAGGAAAAGAUCAUUCUUGAGUGCAGUCUGGGAUCUACUAUAGGUUUCUGGGCUGUUCUGGGUUAUAUUGGCCUACUGGCUGUAUUGUGCUUCAUUCUGGCUUUUCUGGCUCGCAUGCUGCCUGAUAACUUCAAUGAUGCAAAAUUAAUUACAUUCAGUAUGCUCAUAUUCUGUGCUGUGUGGAUCACAUUUAUUCCAGUUUAUGUCAGUUCUCCUGGAAAAUUUACUGUAGCUGUGGAGAUAUUUGCAAUUUUAGCCUCAAGCUUUGGUUUACUGUUCUGCAUAUUUGCACCGAAAUGUUAUAUCAUCCUGCUUAAGCCAGACCAAAAUACAAAACAACAUAUGAUGGUAAAAUCAACAUCUAAAUUUUAA